AGUGAGUCUUACCUGUGUAUGUUCACUUCGUACUUGUGUGAACGCAAUUUCGGUUUUAUGGAAUUGAUUCAAAUACGAAAUCCUACAUGUUAAGUAACAGCUACGCCCUCUGUUUCAAUUUGUUUGUGUUACUUUUUUUUUGUUCGCUUAAUAAAGAAUGUCUCUUUCCUUUUUAGCAACUCUUCAAUUCUAAUUUUGCACGUGACAUGUUUAAGACCAUAGAAUUAAAAAACAUUUUGAUAGAUUCUACAUAUCUUUAGUUUAUGACCACAUCAAAAUCAGACAAAUAAAUUGAAAGGGGUUAGUAUUUUGUAUAUAAAUUCUUCCAAAGCUUUCACCUUUGAUAUGUGUGGUGACAUAAACCUGUCAUGGGACUCAUUCACUCUCGUUCUCACUCUCAUUCUUGCUCGUCUAAUUCUUCCCAUGAUCAAACUACUGAUAUGGAAAUGAAUGAAUCGAUCAUCACCCAGACGGAUGUUUCUUUCAUGCUUGCUAAGCAUGUCUUUUCGAACGAGAUUAAAGGCGAUACCAACCUCGUGUUCUCUCCUCCCUCAAUUCAAAUAGUACUAGGCCUGAUUGCUGCCGGCGCAAAGGGACCAACUAGGGACCAGCUUCUCUGUUUCCUCAAGUCCAAAUCUAUCGAUGAACUCAACUCUCUUUAUUCUCAUCUUGUCAAUAUCGUCUUUGUUGAUGGCAGCCCCAAUGGAGGUCCGCGUUUAUCUGUUGCUAAUGGUGUUUGGAUCGACCAAACACUCCCUCUUAAGCCGUCUUUUAAAAAGGUUGUUGAUAAAGUUUACAAGGCUGCUUCAAAUUCUGUUGACUUUCAGAACAAGGCUACUGAGGUCACCAAUCAAGUCAAUCAGUGGGCUAAAAUGAAGACAAAUGAUCUCAUCAAAGAGAUUCUUCCUCAUGGCACAGUAAACAAUAUGACGAGGCUUAUCUUUGCGAACGCGCUAUAUUUUAAAGGGCUAUGGAAUGACAAGUUCAAUGCUUCAGAAACAGAAGACCAUAAAUUCCAUCUCCUUAGAGGAGGGUCUGUUAAAGCACCUUUCAUGACCAGCAAUAAGAAGCAGUAUGCAGUUACCUUUGAUGGCUUUAAAGUAUUGGGACUUCCUUAUAAACAUGGCAGAGAUACGCGUCGUUUCUGCAUGUAUCUAAUUUUGCCAGAUGCCCGUGAUGGAUUACCAGCUUUAAUCGACAAAAUCAGUUCAGAACCAGGAUUUUUAAACCACCACCUUCCGUGUGUAAAGGUUAAAAUGAUCAAGUUACUUAUCCCUAAGUUCAAAACAACUUUCAGUUUUGAAGCAUCUAAGGUUCUUAAGGGACUUGGUGUCACGUCGCCUUUCUGUGGUGGUGGCCUCACUGAGAUGGUGGAUUCCCCUUUAGCUGGGAGGUUGUUUGUUUCGCAGAUAUUUCACAAGUCCUUCAUUGAGGUAAACGAGGAAGGGACCGAAGCUGCAGCUGUUACAGCUGGUGUAGUAAUGACCAAGUCCUUGAAAUUUGAGAAGGAAAUCGACUUUGUUGCUGAUCAUCCAUUCCUGUUCCUUAUUAGAGACGAUGCUACAGGUGUUGUGUUGUUCAUAGGGAGCGUGCUGAAUCCUGUAGCUGGGUAAUUUGCCCAUAUUGCAUGAAUUAUAUAAGGCUUUGGAAAGAAGUACAGUUCUAUAAUGGACAAAGAGAUGUGUUAUGUAUCCAAAUAACCUUGUUCCUAGUUUAUCUGUUUGAUGAGACCUUGUACUUUCUCUUUGGCACCUUAUAUGUGCUUUUAAUGUGUUUGUGCAUUUCGAUAUGAUAAUAGAGUUUUUAGAGUACUUAGAGUUUA